CUCUUUUCUCUUCAUUUUGCUGGCCUUUCUUCCAUCUUUCUGAUAUCCUUUUCUUUUUUUUUGUGCUGGCAUGGGUCAUCAUCGCUGCGCUGGUGGAACUGGCAGCCACGGUGCCACCUUCAUGGCCGUCCGACUUGCGCUGGUGCUGGUCAUCAUUGCUGCUGCGGGCACCACCUCCAUCGUGGCUGAAGUGUCAUCCUCGUUCAUGAGCCGCGAAGACGCGCGACAGUACCAUCUCAACCGCCGUUCCUCCUCCGAUAGCAAUGACAAUGACAGCGACAACAGCGGCGCUACCUAUGCCUCCAAGUGGACGAUCGAACUCGCGCCUGAGCUGAUUGCCAAUCCUGCACUGACGGACAAGCAGCUCAUGGACGUGGCGUCCAGCAUUGCCCAGGAGCUCGGCUACGUCAACUUGGGUCCGGUGGGCUCGCUGCGUGGCUUGUUCACGUUCACGCCUGCCGACCAUCCCUCCGCCGUGCACCGCCGCAAUGAAGAGCACGAGCGCCGCGACGACUUGACCCGCAAGCUCGUCCUCAACGUGCACAAGGAUGCCAGUGAUGUUUUGGAGGAAGACCUUUCGGUUUCCGCCACCACGCCCAACCUUGGGAUUGAACGCGCUCGCCAGGAAACGCUGCACCAACGCUCGCGCCGCUCGGUUUGGGACGGCUUCAACGACCCGCUGUUCCCCAAGCAGUGGCACAUCUUCAAUAAGGACCAUUCUGGAAAUGACAUCAACGUUGCCCCUGUGUGGAAUGCAAAUAACUUUGGCGAGGGUGCUGUGGUGGCGAUUGUUGACGAUGGUCACGACCACACGCACCCCGAUUUGCAGAAAUCCUACGAUCCCGAUGCCAGCUACGACUUUGCUGAACAAGAUGACGAUCCAACGCCCUUAUACAAUGGCUACAACGAGCACGGAACGCGCUGCGUGGGCCAGAUUGGCGCGGGAGCAGGCGAUGGUGUUUGCGGCGUGGGUGUCGCGUUCAAUGCCAAAGUUGGCGGUCUCAAAAUUCUCAAUGACGACGACCCCGUGACAGACGCCAUGGAAGCCGGAGCGUUGAGCCACAAUCGCCACCACAUCCAGAUCUACUCGAACAGUUGGGGACCCAAUGACGAUGGCGCGACUGUGGCAGGCCCGAAACAGCUUGCAUUGCGAGCUCUGCAAGAGGGUGUGCAGCUUGGCCGUCUGGGUCUCGGCUCUAUUUUCGUUUGGGCUGCUGGCAACGGAUAUGCAAGAGACAAUUGCAACUGCGAUGGCUACUCCAACUCGCGAUUUACCAUCGCAAUUGGCGCCGUUUCGGCCCUCAACACUAUCCCUUACUACGCCGAGCCUUGCGCUGCCCUCUUUGCCGUCACUUACUCGAGUGGCAGCAGCCCCGACAUCAAAAUCACCACCACCGGCACUCACAACCUCUGCGCCGAGAACAAACAUUCUGGUACUUCUGCAGCUGCCCCUCUGGCUUCUGGUAUUCUCGCGCUUGUCUUGUCCGCAAACCCCAACCUAGGCUGGCGCGAUGUGCAACAUGUUAUCGUGCGAUCGGCAGUGCCAUUUGUCGCACCCGGAGAUGUGAAUCUCUGGGCGAGGAAUGGCGCAGGCCUCCAGGUGCACAAUUACUUUGGCUUUGGCAAAAUGGACGCCAGCGCUAUUGUCGGUCUGGCGCAACGCUGGGUCAAUGCAGGGCCGGCGAUUGAGUGUGCUCAGCCAACACAGACCGUCAGGGCCAGCAUUCCGGAUGCGAGUGCAGCUGGGCUGGUCCAACCGUUCUGGGUUGAUGGCUGUGGGAUUGCCGCAGCCGAGCACGUCACAGUCAAGCUGACCAUUACACAUCAGCGUCGCAGUGAUCUUCAGAUUUUGCUGACCUCUCCCUCCGGGACUGUAUCCGAGCUUCUGAGUCGGCGGAUUGCAGACUCCACCAGCGCGGGCUUCGUUGACUGGACGUUCCUCUCCGUUCACCACUGGGGCGAGAAUCCCACUGGCCAAUGGACGUUGCGAGUGAUUGAUUCUUCUCCGGGCAACACUGGUAUGUUGGUUGAGUACGCGGCGACCAUUUAUGGAACUGCCAUCGAUCCCUGGCUUGCGACCGUCAGUCCUGUCGCACCUGUGGCCACUUCGACCGUUUCGGACGACAUUGCGGCCUCUGUUGCGUCUGUGGCUUCUGUCGAAUCAGUUGCAUCUGUGGCCUCUGUUGCAUCUGUUGCGUCUGUCGAAUCAGUUGCAUCUGCGGCGUCUGUGGCUUCUGUGGCGUCGGUGGCGUCGGUGGCCUCUGUCGAAUCUGUGGCUUCUGUCGAAUCAGUUGCCUCUGCGGCGUCUGUGGCCUCUGUCGAAUCUGUCGAAUCUGUGGCCUCUGUCGAAUCUGCUGCCUCUGUUGCAUCCGCCGAGUCCGUUGCCUCACUCGAGUCUAUUGCAUCUAUCGAGUCCGCGGCAUCCGUCCAGUCCGCUCUGUCCGUUGCAUCGAAACAGUCCGUGCCAUCCGCUGUUACGGAUUGUCCGGCCAUUUCUUCAAUUUCCCCUCCUCCGUUUAGCAGUGCUUCUGCUGUGACUUCCAAGCCAUCAUCCGCGACGCCCGUCUCGUCAGUCUCGUCCUCACAUUCUGCACCAGCACCUUCGUCAGUCACGCCAGCUGUUGCACCCUCGUCCACCAUCGCAGUCACCUCUGAUGUUGAGGAUGCCAACCACGAGGUUUCCGAGGCCACCAAGGACCUUGCCUUCUACUCGGUCGUUGCAGCGAUCGGUGCAGCCCUCUUUGCAGCGCUGAUUGCGCUCGUCAUCUAUGUGCGUCGACGACACGAGGCUCGCCGUCACAGUGGCCACCAACCGCUGCAUGAUCUCGAGAUGGACAUGCAAUCCUCGAGCGAGCUCAUCCAGCAACGUGACGAUGCCAAUGAUGAUGACGACGACGACGACGACGAUGACGGCUCUGACGCCGAAGAAGGCGAUGUUGUCGAUUUCGACAUUACCGAUUUCGAUCAAAAGCACAGCUCCAAGCGCUCUGCCUUUACCAAGGUGCGUCUCACUCGAUGAUGAGCUGAGCUUGCGAUGUUGAUGUUGCAUGAAGAUGCAUCAAACAUGUUAGGUUUGUUGCGUUUUCUUCUUUUGAAUGCUUUUUUUUUUCUGCCUGUGCUCUGUUGGUGUCUGUUAGAAUUAUAAAACUGUAUAUUUG